CACCCCGUUGGUUUGUUUUCCCUCCUUCCAGGUAAGGGAUAUCCUCGGCCACUGUACCUGCCCAUCCCAGUUCCCCAUGGUCAAAGUCUCCGAGGGCAAAUACAAAGUUGGAGACUCCAACGCGCUGAUCUUUGUUCGAGUACUCCGUAGCCACGUGAUGGUGAGGGUUGGAGGAGGCUGGGACACGCUGGAGCAUUACCUCGACAAGCACGACCCGUGCCGGUGCGCCUCUGUCUCUCACCGCCUGACCCAGAGCCGGGGGCUCAGUUUCUCCCCCCAGAAAACGAGCGGCCUGGCCAGUCCCCAGGCGAACAGCCCCACCCUUCAGCGUCGGUCCGAAGCCGCGAAUCUGCACAAAGUCCCCGAGCCCCACCAUCUGGGGGAGAAGCGGCUUUUGGCUGGAGGGGACCCGAGUCACCCGAAAGGAAACCAUCCCGGCUCUCCUGCCAAGAGACCUGGGGAGGCCACCCCACCGAGACAGGGGUCGGUGGCCCCACCAAGUGGGAAGUGGGGUGCCUCAGGCCAGAGCUGUGGCAGCCCUCUGAGGGGGUGCAUGCCCCAAGCCCACCAGGAUACCGGAGAAUCCCGUCUCUUGGUCAGGACCCCCAGAGCCCGGCGUCUUUCCGGAGACAGCGAUUCCUCCUCCUCCUCCUCUGUGCAGAAUGCCAGCUUGGGAAGGAGGCGGAACGAGGAUGCUGGCCUGGCACUCAGGAAGGAGGCGGGGAGGCGGACCUCCGAGGGCCCAGGCUCCCAGCCCCACGCCAGUCCCAGACGGCUGCCGGCGAGCCGCAGUCAGUCGCGAGACCGUCUGAGCUUGCCGAAAGCCGUCGCGGCCCCCAGGAGGAUCGAGUCAGAAGAACGGGGCCGGCCCCGGACGACGGGCCGGCCGAGCAAGCCCAGGGUGCAGAGCCCUCGGCCCCGGGCCCGCAGCCAUGGGAGGCCUGGAGGGGAGCCUGUGCUGCUCAUCAGCCGAGCGAAGGACGGGCAGCACUCCUGGGCGCGGGCAGAGGAGCCCAAGGAGAACCUCGGGGGCUCUGGCAGAGCCACCGCAAGGACCAAGAGCCCGGCAAGGGGUCACGUGACCCCGGUGGGUUCCCGAAGCCCUGCCCUCGCCAAGCGCAGGAGUUCCCUCCCCGCCACGAAAGUGGCCCACCCCUCCGCCCGAAUCCCUCCGCCAGCCCCUGGGCGACAGCGACAGCGACAGCCCUGCUCAGCUGGACCACGUGGGGCCACGAGGCAGCCCCAGCCGGGGGAGAGCUGGCCCGCCAGACAGCCCGAUGACACUCUGGGGCAGGAGUUGGAGACGAUGGCGCACACGUUCCGGACCCCGCUGCAGCUCGACCCGAGCCAGGAGCAGCAGCUCUUCCGGCGUCUGGAAGAAGAAUUCCUGGCCAACUCCCAGAUGAUGGGUUUAGAGGAGGAUGAGGAGCUGGGACCGGGGAGCCAGGCCUGCGAUGGCCCACGGCUCGUGCACAUGAACCCAGACCAGGGGACCGCCGACUCUGCGUACUGCUCCUCCAGCUCGUCCUCUUCCUCCCUCAACUUCUUCAGCAAAUACGGCCUCCAAGCUGAGACCAAAGAGGAGCCCAAGCGGAGGUUAGCCCCCCAAAUGACCGGGGUCUCCGAGACAGGGCCCGGGCUGGUGGACUUCCGUAAUGGCUCCGCGGAUGCUUCCGAGCAUUGGGACUUAGCUGGGCCGCUCGAGCGAACGAACCGCUGGAGGAAACCCGCCCUGUCAAGCUCUUCCGACGAAAGCAACUGCUACAUGGGCCUGAAUGACCUUCAGGAGGUCCAGGAGGGCCUGGAGCUUCCUGAGCCUCUUGCGGACAGCCCCUGGGCCACUACAGAGCUGGGGCCCUCCCUCCGGGACGGCCCGGAGACCCUCGGAACCUCCCCCGCGGUCCCCCUCGCGGAGGAAGUCGUGCUCCGGCCCAAGUCCCUCAAGAAACCCGACCGCGUGCCUUCCAUCUACAAGCUGAAGCUGCACCCUCAGAUUAAGCCUCGUGCUGACUCCCAGCCCGACAAGACCCCCUCCAGAAUCCCCACUCCCCUCAGCUACAAAGCUUUGGGAGCCAACAAGGCUCCGGCAGGAAGCGCCCCUUCGAAGGACAGCCCAGCCACAUGCCCGUCCGAGCACCGGGGCUGGGCAGCCUUCCACGACGCCUUCUCCUCCUUUGUGGAAGCUCCCGGGGGCUCAGUGGAGCCCGGCAUGGCUGACGAGGGGACCUGGGCCUAGGCCCCGGUGGGCGGCAUGGCACGGCCCGCGCCCUCCUGCCCCCUGCAACUGCUUCUGUGGCUCAGCCCUUCCUUUCCAAGCUGCUUCCUUGGACAUCUUUCCCGCGUGACUUUGUCAUAUGCUGCUGUUCGGAAGGGAGUUUUAUUUUUCGGUGGUGGGAGGGGGGCUGGGAGAGAAAGCCUUGGAUUGCAAAGUGGGGGGGGGGGGCCCGUCCUUUUCUCUUUUAUUUUUGGAGCGUGAGGCUGGAAGACGGCAGGGCUUAAGUUGCAGUACUGGGGUGUGUGUGUGUUGGGGUGUGUGUGUGUGGAACGCUUGUAUGGGGAAGUCCUUGAACACUGGAUACCCAGGGGAGCUUCAGGGUUAAUAUUCACUCCCCUGGUCUGCCGCUGCCCAGCUUCUGCCAUCUUAGCCAUCUAAGUUCAGUAGCGCAUCUGUGGGCGAACCUCGGAUUUCUCUCCCAUUUCGGCAAAGACCUUGUUUCCUGUGGGGGUCUCUGGAGAGACGGUCUAGCGCUAAAGCUGGCCCUGGGCUUAACCCAGUCACCCCAGACUUCACCCGGUCAGCCAUUCAUCUCAUCACAGCUUCUUCCUUCUGGCGUGGCACUGCCAAACGCUGCUAGAUAGGCGAAGGGUCAUCAUUUUCGGGAACAGGGUUUUUUUUUAAAAAAAAGGAUGGCGACUUGGAUCGCAUGGUUGCAGCCGCCAUCCUGAUUUUUUUGACCCCUCCCUGCCCCCCCCCCGCCAGCUACCCCCGCCUCUGGUCCUCCAGCCAAGAAAGGCAGCGUUGGCACGGAUUGAGCGUUAGAGCAAGUCAGCAUUUGGGGAAUGUGUUUUGUGUUCUUGGCAGGGCGUUUAGUAAAGGAGCAUGUGGCCCUUUCCUCCUCUGCAUGCUCCUCGUUUCCUUGGAAGACAGCACAGAGUUAGAGGACGGCCUUAUAGGUGGCUGGGGUGGGGGUGGGGGGAGAUGCAGUAGGGCUGACUGGAGAAAGGGGUUUGACUCCAGUUGCCUCGGUCCAGUUUGGGGUUAAAUCUUCUUCCCCCAGCACGAACUGCUGUGGCAGAUUCACACAACAGACCCUUAAUGGCACCCAGUUAAGAGUCGUGGGGUGCCCAGUUUUAAAACCUCAGGAGAUGUUUGGUGGACAGUUGUGGAAGAGCCUCAGCUUGGCACAAAGGACUCCCCCAUUCUGCAAGGCAAUCAUUGCAUGUUGCAAAACGUCGGUUUAGGCAAAGGAUAAUGAAUCGUGUGAGUGGAGAAGGUAGCAGGGAGGGAAUGCUGAAGUAUUGCACGUGAAUUUCUCUUUGGCAGGGCCCUCUCAGCCUCCUGACCCCCAAACACUGUACAGGUAGUCCUCGACUUACGACCACAAUUGGGACUGGAACUUCUGUCGCUAAGCAGUGCAGUCAUUAAGUGAGACGUGCUCAAUUUUAUGACAUUUUUUGCUGUGGUCGUUAAGUGAAUCUAGCUUCCCGUAUUGAUUUUGCGUGUCGGAAGCCAGCUGGGAAGGUCACACAUGGUGAUCAUGUAACCCCGGGACGCUGCAGCCAACAUAAAUACAUGCCAGUUGCCAAGCGCCUGAAUUUUGAACAUGUGACCAUGGGGACGCUGCGACAGUCAUAAGCAUGAGGACAGGUCGCAAGUCACUUUUUUGGCGCCAUCAUAACUUUGAGCGGCCGCUAAACGAAUGGUCAGAAGUCGAGGACUAUCUAUAGGUCUUUUGAAUAAUCUAUGCAUAUUUAUAUAAGUAAUAGGGAGCGUUGCUCCCCUCCCGUAGAGUGCCUGCUAUCCAACCCCGUGAAUGUAGCUGCAAAUUCCUGAACCCAGACAGUAAAGACUGACACAUCA